CUUUUUUCUUUUUUCUUUCUCUUUCUUCUUUCCAUCCUUUCAUUACCAUCCUUUCAUUACCAUCCCAUUGCCUUUUCUCUGUUAAACAUCCUUUCAAAUAGAUCUUACACACUUCCUCAUUUUAAUCGACAGUUAUCAGCAGUCGUAUGAAUGAUCUAAUUACUACAACUUCCAUUCUUUUCUGCAACACCAACACUAAACGCAUCAGACCAAACAUUUUCCGAUAUCUAGUAUAUGCCUAUGCUGUGCCCAACGUCCUCACCAUCGCUGCCAAAGGCUUCUACUGCUGAUCUUUCCCACGAUCAUAACAGAGACCUAGACGUCCCCUCCUUCAACACAGAGUCGCCCUCCCUCAACUCUUUCGACAACAGCAGACCAACAUCUCCCGCUCCCCCAAAAGACUCUCUAAGCCCUGGACUCCAUCCUGCACUCAACUCCUCUCCCCGUGUGCUCUCCUCAAAAAUUUCAUUGGAUGUCUCCACUCCUCAAGCAAUCUCACACAUACCACUACCUCCAUCACUUCGGACGCCACCCGAGUCGCCAGUUAAAGAUCAAAGACGUGACUCGUUCAGACGUCAGUCUUGCCCACCACCAUCCAGACAUGGUCUUGCCUUGACUCUCAAUGGACUCUCCUCUCCACCUUCAUCCCCUACUCAACCAUCCCCUGGUGCCACCCUUCCCCCAAAACUCUAUCAGUCUCUAUUAGAGCAUCCGCUCUUCCGAGAUUGUACACCAGAGGGCAUCCAUCAACUCGCUUCUAGAAUGCAUAUCCGACACUAUUAUCCUCAGGACCAUAUCAUCAGGCGGUCUGAGCAAUCAAGCGCCAUGUUCUAUGUCCUCCGAGGAACUGUCAAAGUCGCCUCCCACGAUAAUGAGGCAACGUAUUAUGAGAUCAAAGAGAAUAACUUUUUCGGGGAUGUCGGUGUACUCUACAAAGUUCCUCGAUCCAUGGAUGUCCUUGCAAAAAACCGCUGUACAAUCGCUAUCCUCUCAGGCGAUGAUCUAGUCAAGGUGAUGGAACAAUCACCAGAAAUGGCCAGGGCUAUUGGGUACCAGACCCAAGAGCGAUAUCAGAUGUAUCUCAAGCGACGACAAUCUGUUUCAGUUCGAAGAUCUCUAGAUAACGGAACAAAUAGGCCGGACUUUUGUCAAGACGAUUCUAGAUCAGAUGGCUUUGCAAAGAGUGACGUUCAUGGAGCUCUCCGCAAGGUCCCGCUUUUUCAAAGUUGUUCUCCAGAGAUAAUACAUAUGAUUUCUCUCAAGGUCGAGCCAAGAACUUAUAAUUUGGGUGAGAGUAUUAUCCAACGUGGAGAAAUUGGCCGAGAGAUGUUUUUUAUUAUAUCGGGUAUGGUUGAGAUUCUCUCUGAUGAUAACUUGCAUGUUCUGGCUCGAUUCCAUGAUGGACAAUUCUUCGGAGAGAUUGCAGUACUGCUGGAUGUACCACGGAUCGCUAACGUAAAAGCCGUUUCAGAUGUCGAAGUCUUUGUCUUGACAAAAGACAAUUUGGAGGCUGUUUUUGAGGCCGUACCAGGCGCAGCAGAGAUAAUCACAGCAGAAGGCAAUCGCCAAUACAAAAACUGGAUCAUCAGAAACAGUCGUCAACACCUAUCCGAUCAAGAAAUGAAUGGCGAGGAAGUUGAGGAGCAAGACUUCGAUAACGAGUCACUCAACAUACCACGAAGCUUGUCUGUGCCCACCAUCGAGCAAUCAGCCAGUUUAAUGGAGGACGAAGCAACUAGUCCUUCAGUCCGAAGCUUUGAUCAGGAUAGUAUGCACUCUAUAUCUCCUCGACCAAUUCAUCCCAUCGAGGCUGGUCACCCAUCAGCCAUUAGUGUUCUUCCCAUGACUCCUACAGAUGAUUUCUCACUCGGACAUCGUAUUACAGCCUCUCCGCUUGUAGCGUCACCGGCAGAGCCAGCCAUAGAAAAUUUUGAUGGGCCAUCUGCCACAGAAGGAACGUCAACUAUUUUGGAGGAGCCAGUGUUUGAUCAAGACGUCAGCAUAGCACCAACGACCGAGAAUGUACUAGACUCUCCAACGAUCCGUAAUCCAACGAUCCGAGGUUUAAAGGAAAGUAACCCUAAAAGAAGGCGUGCAAGUGUGGCUGUAUGGACACAGCAGGACCUUCUCAAAUUAGCAGAGGCUGCAGGAGCGAAAUCACAAGUGGACACGAGCCAUUCGCCUGCAACAUCAAGUGCGAUAGCAAGGUUGUCACGGGCUAUGGCUGACACCACUGGUGGUCAGACUCCAACCAGUCCCCAUAAGUUGUCACAGGAGAGUCGUGGAUCCUCUGAUGUCUCUGUACAAAUGAAAAUGGCUCCAAAGAAGCUUACUGGACCUGCUACGUUCCAGGAUUUGGACGAAUGCAUUGUAGUCCAGAUUCUAGACAACUUGGCCCUGGACCAACUUUUGAAAGCAAGGCGCGUAUGCAGGGGUUGGAACAGCCUUAUCCUGGAGAAUAGCGGUAUAUUAAGAGAUUUGGACUUGUCCAAGUACAAGAAAUUCGUCACGGAUUCUGUACUGGCCGAUCUUUGCAAUACAGUGCUGAAAAGCAAUAGGACAAGGACCACACGGGUCUCUUUACGAGACUGCUUUUUAGUGUCAGACAAGGGGUUAUCGAUGCUUGCAGCUCAUAUUCCGGCAGUACAGGACCUUGAUUUGCACAGUUGUUGGAAUGUAUCGGAUGCUGGUUUUCGAUCUCUAGGCGUGUAUUGUCCACAGCUGCGAUCGAUCGAUUUCUCCAACUGCAGGAAGCUGGGCGACGAAACUAUUUAUGGCCUAUAUCCAAAGGAAGCUAUGACUGAAAGUAGUUCUCUUCAAAAACAACAUGUUGUUGAGAAUGUCUUGGGUUCUCAGGCAGAGGACCAUCCCGUAUUGAAGGACGCGGCGGCACUCCACUCUGCGACAGCGCCUGCAGAUACAUCCAUGGAUGAGGCUCAGGCGUUGUUGAAACGUCGUCCCUCUAUUGAGAUAGGAUCUGAUUUGGAUGAGCAAACCGAGCAGCUUGAUGCAACAUCAAGCUCGCCUUCUCCAAUGGAUGUCGACCCUGCGACGAUCCCUCAACAAUCACAAAAUGCGCCUCAUGGCAAAACAUUGGAUGUUGGAGCACCGUCGUCAGGGCCAAAAGGAUGCCCAUAUCUUGCACGUUUGAACUUGUCCUACUGUAAGAACCUGACGGACAAGAGCUUCAUUCACUUGUCUCUGUAUGGAUCCAAACAGCUAGAGUAUUUGAAUCUCCAACGUUGUACCACCAUUUCUUCAGAGGCAUUUGUCUCUUUGGAUCCCAGCAGAAAGAAUAUGGUAUUCCAAAAUCAGCUAAAGGACAGUAAUGGGAGUGUACAUGAAGGCUACAACCCUUUGGUGGAUCCUUGUUUUCCAAAUCUGCGCGAACUUCACCUUUCAGACUGCACUUUUUUGACUGAUGAGGCGAUUGUGGCACUAGCGCCAAACAUGCCACAUCUCCAAGUUGCCUCACUUUCAUUUUGCUGUGCAUUAACUGAUGUAGCGGUUGAAGCCUUGAGCGAAAACUGUUUAUUUUUGAAACGACUAGACUUAUCAUUCUGUGGGUCUGCAGUAUCGGAUGCAAGCUUGUAUAAGCUUGCAAGAUUCGAUGCCUCGGAGCCUGGAAAGCAUUCACUAGAGGAGCUUGAGAUCCGAGGAUGCGUUCGUGUGACAGAACGAGGGGUUCGAGAGGUGUUGAGCGGCUGUGUGAACUUGAAGAGGCUUAAUGUCAGCAGUUGCAGUGGAAUCGGAACGGGUGAAUUACAGGAGCAAGGGAAACAGGGAGAUGCAGCGCCCCCAUCCAAUCAAACUGAGACAGUAGAGCAGACAAAUGGGUGGGUACCUCUUCAAGCAGGUCAUAGCAGUGAACUGACGCGAAAGAUGAAUGCGCUGAAGAAGGGCAAGGAAUGGGCAUUGGCCCAACAACGCCCUGGGCUUGUUAUUGUUGUCUAAAAGAAGAUAAGGAUCAAGCAAUGUAUUCUCUGCCUUUUCUUUUUCCUUUUCUUUCUUUUUUUUUCCCCUGUUUCAUUAUUUCAUCAUUCAUUGGUCCAUUUUUGUUUUAUUUUCAUCUUCUUCAUGCUUGGUUACGCGAAGCUGAUCUUGUAUAUAGUCCUCUUUUAGUUCACAUUGAUGC